GACUCGAGCGCCGUACAGUGGCAUUAGCGAGCUCUCGUUAGCACAACGAUACAGUUUAACGCGGUAAAAAAUAAACAGUUCACUCAUGCUAAAUAUUAAACCAUUACGAUACUUCAUGAACAGAAUAUUCACAGUUGUGAUGCAUUAAACGGUUUUAAAAAACUGCUAGUGUUGUCUAGGCUAGGCCUCGGUAGAAUUGUAACGUCUUUAAGUGCUCUGCAAAUGAAACUAUGGAGAACGACCCAAAAUGUUAACAGUGUUAUAAAACAUCUUUAGGAAUUAAUCUAAUAGCUCUGGGGACCUACACAACGGGGAUUCAUGUCGCUUGCUAAACCGUUUCAUCUGGAGUUUCAGAAUGAACGACGCGCAGCAAAAUGAGCUGAAAAGGCAAAACCUGUUAAAGCGACUUCUUGAUGCAGUUAAACAGUGCCAAAUUCGCUUUGGUGGCAGGAAAGAGAUUGCCUCGGAUUCCGAUAGCAGAGUCAUAUGCCUGUGUGCCCAGUUUGAAGCAGUUCUUCAGCAUGGCUUGAGGAAAAGCCGCGGUUUAGCCCUCACAGCAGCUGCCAUUAAACAUGCUGCUGGAUUUAGCAGUAAAACUGAAGCAGAGCUGACGUUCUGGUUUUAUGUGAAGGAGCACCUCAACCGUCAUGAGUUGCAGCGCUUCUAUUCUCUGCGGAAUAUCACAUCUGAGCAGGGACGGGGCCGGGCAUGGCUUCGUUGUGCCCUGAACGAACACUCGCUCGAACGCUAUCUUCACAUGCUUCUGGCAGACCAUGCCCACCUUAGUGCCUUCUAUGAAGACUGGGCUUUUGUCCUGGAUGAGGAGAGAGCCAGUAUGUUGCCCACCAUGGCUGCAGGGCUCAAUUCCAUAUUGUUUGCCAUCAACAUCGACAACAUGGACCUAAAUGGCCAGGGCCGAGGGGGGACGUCUGUGUCCCACUUGCUUAAGGAGUCCACACAGGGCAUGAGCAGUUUGUGGAAAGAGUCUACUCAAGGUGUCAGCACUCUUCUGCGGGAAAUCGGUACCGCAACUGCGGUGGUCCCUGGUUUCAUCCCUCGCACGGAUGCUCCAUCAGACCCACUGCCUGUCCUGCCCCGCAGCACUUCUGCUGAUUCCGGUUUAAGAAAAGAACGCAGACGUAAAAAGAAGAUCACAAACAUCAUCUCCUUUGAUGAUGACUUGGACGCGGGAGUGGAAGAUGAGGACGAGGCUGGUGAGGACGUUGUGAGGAGUCUCAGGAAGAGUAUGGUGGGUCAUGUGAGUUCGGAGGAGGCUCUGGACCCUCCGGACUCCACCUCUUCUGUUUAUAACGGCCUGACUGAGCCUGGUAUUGUAAGCUGGGCUGAAACACCCCCGCAGAACGGAGUAUUGCCUGAUACCAAGAGCAUUGACAAUGAGGAGGAGGAAGAGGAUGAUAUUUAUGGAAAGAGCAGGCCAGAGCCUCCAGAAGAGGAUCAUGGGAAUGGGGAGCAGCUGGUUGUGGGGAGUUUAUCAAGUGUUUCCACAUGGAGUCCAAGGCAAAUCCUCACUGACAAUGACAACUCACACAUUCUCAUACCUCUGGCCCCCAGCGAGCCCUACACACAACAAGGUCAGGCCCAGGGGUUGUCAGACGAUGUCCUCAUUCAGGGACAUCUUGCUGGCAGUUCAGUUGAGAAUGUCAAAUUUCAUGGACAGAAGGAGAGCUCAAGUCCACCAGCUGACAGUGAAAAACAAAGCCAACUCCAGUUUAGCGCGGAGUCAGACUUACCAGUACAGAUUGCGCCUGUGACCAGUGUUUUGCCGACCCCUGGCCUUCCCGAAUCCAUGACCAUUGCUGAACUGCGGCAAGCCAUUGUUGCCAUGAUGAACAGAAAAGAUGAACUCACCGAGCAGAACACGUCUCUGCGCAGUCUCCUGGAUGGAGAGAUGGAGCACUCUGCUGGGCUCAGGCAGGAGGUGGACAGCUCGAAGAAGAGACUGGCUGAACUAGAGGAGAGACAUGCAGCCAAAGUCCAAGCACUCAUGAGAGAAAAUGAGGUUCUGAAGGUCCAGCUGAAGAAGUAUGUUGGAGCUGUCCAAAUGCUGAAAAGAGAAGGCAGCCAAGGCAAUGAAGCAUUAACCAUUCAAAGGAGUUGUGACGGUCCCCUUCCAGCUCCACAAAAUCGAUCUAUAGCUGAUAUAGAGGAGCUGGCUUCCAACUAUGAGCGUAAACUCAUUGAGGUGGCUGAGAUGCACGGAGAGCUGAUAGAGUUUAAUGAGAGGCUGUACCGCUCCCUCAUGGCCAAAGACAACCUGAUCGGACAGAUGAGACAGGAACUCAUCGACCUGCGCGGGCCGGUGCCAGGGGACCUGAGCCAGACCUCUGACGAUCCCAGCCUCUCUGACUUCGAGACAACACAACGUGCUCUUAUCAAUGUGUGGAUCCCCUCUGUGUUCCUUCAAGGUCGGGCUGCCAACGCCUAUCAUGUAUAUCAGGUGUACAUUAGAAUACUGGACAAUGAGUGGAAUGUGUAUCGGCGCUACGCUGAGUUCAGGGUGCUGCACAAUUACCUUCGGCCGCAAUUCCCGCAAGUCGACACGUUCAAUUUCCCACCUAAAAAAGCCAUCGGCAACAAGGAUGCCAAGUUUGUAGAGGAGAGGAGGAAACAGCUGCAGUCAUACCUGCGUAUGGUGAUGAAUAAACUGAUCCAGACACUGCCUGAAUUCACUGCCCAGCCCACAAAGGAGACUUUACUGCAGUUACUGCCUUUCUGCCAGGAUAUCCCGACGGCUAAUGAGAGUGGAGCCAAAACUGCCCGAUCCAAAGCUUCUAGCCGCUUCACCAGACUAGGCCGCAACUCUGGCCGCGAAGCCCGGAACCCUGAACCCCAGAGCGGUGACCUUUAACCUCUCAGCAUAAUCUUCAAAACUCUUCAGCGUAUCGAGCCAAGGAUCUUCUCUUCUAUUAUGGAUGUACAUACCGACAAUGCUGGAGACUAGCUGGGUCUUGAAACGAUGAACAAAAACUGCACGAAAAUGUGUAUUGCAUUAGCGGCAGAACCUUUUCAGUUACUAUUGUGCCUAAUGAUUUAUAACAGAUGUUGUUUUUUGGAAAAGCCAGAAUGUCAUUUUGACUAAAAACAGUGACAUGAAACUUUUAUGAGACCAAGAUAAGAAUGGUGCCAUUGUCUGGAAAUAAUUUCCACAUCAUAUUAUUUGACUGCGACACAUGGGACUCAAUUUUAUUUUUCUGUUUGUAUACAUUUUGGUAUCAUGAUCUGUUAUGUAUAUGGCACAAAGUUAGAUGUAAUCGUAUUAUGACUGCACUUAUAAUAUAUAUACAAAACAAUCACUUUCCACCUUCCUGUGCACAGUAAAUCCCCAAAAGUUUUCAGAUUUUAGAUGAAAGUCUGGUCAGAAUAAAAGCAUUAGUCAAGUCUGGGCUCUCGUGCUCCAGAGCCCUUGUCGUCUGUCCCUGAAAACCUUUCAUUGGAAAUUUCCGGGGCUGCCAUUAUCCUGUAUGACCUCGAGAGUACUGUUACACAGAAAGAUGGGGCGUAUCGUAUUGUGUGGACUGAACAGAAGAGAAUUUUGUAGCAGGGGAACCUCCACUGAAUGAGUGAGUGAGAGGUCAUUUUGCCCUAUUUUAACAACAAGCACAUUGAUUAUUCGGAUUCAUUACUAAUACAUAGUAUUUAUGGUUUUAACAUGUUAUAAUGUGUACAGAGAUCAUAGAGAGGAACCAUUGUGUGUUUAAAUAAAUAAAUGUUUCUCUAUCAAAUUGAAUGUGAUGUAGAAUUGCCAUCAGAUUCUGUUCAGCUGUAACGCAUACAGUAGCAGAUCUUUUAUGUGCUUUGCGUACAUGUCUGUUUGCAACCUUUUGUACUAGUAAGCAACUGUAUAUGAUGAUUUUUCUUAAACAGAAUACCUUUCUGUCCCAAAUGUGACAGGAAGCAGCUGUUUUGCAGCCUUAAGAGUACAUGAGCUUAAUGAACACAUGAUUAAAUACAAGUAACAACACACAA